UUUUCAUUCUCGCGAAUGUUAGUUUGAGUCACACCGUACACCGCAGUGCAAGUGGUCGAAAUGAUAUUCAAUUACUUUGGCCUAUCUGUAUAGCAGCUAGAACAAUAACAACAACAAUUACUAAUCAAAACAUACAAAAUGUUGGUGGAAGUACUAAUAUUAACGAUAGUUUGUUUGUACCUUGUCUAUCGUCGGUCCAGCAGCAAUCAUGACUACUUUAAAAUACGUGGCAUUCCCUAUGAUAAACCCAAACCCAUUUUGGGCACUCUCUUUCAACUGGUGUUUAGUGGCAAAUCGAUAUUUGAUAUAAUGCUGAAUAGGUACAACAAAUACAAUGGCAAAAUUUAUGGAGUAUUUGAUCAAAACAAACCGGCCUACUUUAUUCGCGAUCCAGAACUAAUCAAACAAAUCACCAUAAAGGAUUUUGAUCACUUUGCCAAUCAUCGUUCCAUGUUUUGUGAAAAUGAUCAAAAUCUUUUUGCCGCUUCUUUAUUAUUUAUGAAGGACAGUCGGUGGAAAGAUAUGCGUAACAUAUUAACUCCGGCCUUUACGGGCAGUAAACUACGUGGCAUGUUCCAACUGAUGAAUGAAGUGGCCCUGAACGCCUUGAUGCAUUUGGACAAGCAGCCUGAGGCAAACACUUCGCAGGGUUUGGAAAUGGAUAUAAAGGAUUUUAUAACUCGCUACACUAACGACAUAGUGGCUUCAACGGCAUUUGGUCUUUCUGUCAAUUCGUUUGCGGAUAAAGACAAUGAAUUCUAUAGAGUGGGAAAGAUGGUGACCAGUUUUUCCUUGAAGAGUGUUUUUAAGCUGAUAAUGUUUGUAAAAUUCAAAAGGCUUUUUAAGUGGCUAGAUAUGGAUCUUUUCGAUAAAAAGUCUACGAAAUAUUUUAUGAGCCUAGUUCUAGAUACCAUGAAGUAUCGCCAGGAACAUAACAUAAAUAGACCUGAUAUGGUUCAAAUGCUAAUGGAAGCUCAAGAACUCUCCAAGCAGCCUAAUGGAAAUCGCACUUGGAGCGAUGUCGAUAUAGUUGGCCAAUGCUUUUUCUUCUUUUUUGCUGGUUUUGAUACUUCUGCUGGCCUAUCAUGUUUUACCAUACAUGAACUAAUGGAAAACCCCGAGGUCCAAGAGAAACUCUUGCAAGAAAUCCAAGAAGUUGAUAGCGAAUUAAAGGGCGAACCUCUGACAUAUGAGUCACUUAUGGGCAUGCGCUACUUAGAAAUGGUGGUACGCGAAUGCUUACGAAAAUGGCCUGCCACCGUAGUGGUCGAUCGCCAGUGUAAUAAGGAUAUAAGCUAUGAUCUAGGUGAUGGCCUACGCAUGGAUCUUAAACCAGGUGAUACGGUUUUGCUGCCAAUUGUUGGCUUCCACAGGGAUCCGCAAUACUUUGAAAAUCCCCUAAAAUUCGAUCCCGAAAGAUUUAGUGAAGAGAACAAAGCAUCGAUAAAUCCUUUUGCGUAUAUGCCUUUUGGUAUGGGUCCUAGAAACUGUAUAGGCUCCCGUUUUGCUUUAUUGGAAACAAAAGUUUUGAUCUACUAUCUCUUGCGACAUUAUAAAUUCCAACCCGCCGCAAAGAGUUGCAUACCCAUGGAAUUAAAGGCAUCCGGACUCCAGUUAACAGCAAAAAAUGGUUUUUGGAUAAAAUUUGUUGCUAGAUCUUAAAAUGUCGACUCUAACUUAAGUAACUUGAUAGUUAUCAAUAUGUCUUCAAAACAAAUAAAUGUUUUAUACGAAAAACAAAUGAAAA